UAUAUGCAGCCUGUAUAUAUAACAACACCCCAGGGAGAUGAAUAUUCACUAAACUUCGAAUCUGUCGAAAUAAGCCACCCGCGCGCUCAUGAUAGAAAAAGUGUCUCAAUUUUUCCACACGAGGUGGGUUAUAUAGGCGUUCUGAAUUGUCGCCGUACUGGCCAGACUUACGGCGGAAACCUUGCAAUCACUGUCAAGGUUCGGCGCAAUGGUUGCGACAUGGGUAUCGUUGAUGUAAGUAAUGGCGAACUUCCCAUCAUGAUUUUGUCCAACGCAUGCAACCUCUCAGACAUACCUCGGUCUGAAUUUAUAAGACAUAACGAAGAAGAACAUGAACUUGGUGGCUAUUUCAUCGUAAAUGGUAAAGAAAGACUCCUUCGAUUGCUCAUUAUGGCGCGUCGAAAUUAUCCACUUGCCAUCACUAGAUCGUCGUUCAAAAAGCGAGGCCCAAGUUAUACAGAAUUUUCUGUUAUUAUGCGCUGCGUAAGGGACGAUGAGCAUUCUUCGCUGAUUAUGUUGCAUUGGGUAAUGAAUGGUGAACCAAUAUUGGCUUUCACUGUCGAAAAUGAACAAUUGUUUGUUCCCAUUUCAAUUCUUUUGCGUGCACUUAUGGAUAAAACAGAACUCGAAAUUUACGAAGAUAUUCGAUGUGGUGGUGGUAACUCAUUAUCGCUCGAAGAGCACGCCAUGAGGAUUCUAACGAGACUUCAGGAAGAUGAUUAUAACUGUCAGUCUCGUGCACUUUGUUACCUUGGAAAAUUAUUUCGCCUCAAAAUGCAUCUUCCAGGAUCCUACACCGAUCGAGCCGCUGGCGAACACUUGAUGAGGGAGUACCUAAUCAUUCAUGUGGACAGUUUUGCUGACAAGUACCACGUACUUUGCUACAUGGUUCGAAAGCUGCAUGCAUUUGUUUCGGGAGCGUGCUGUCAGGAAAGCAACGAUAAUCUAAUGUUUCAAGAAGUUCUCCUUCCAGGAACUAUGUAUAUUCAAGUCCUUCGAUCUGCGCUCAUUUCUGCACUAAAUCCCAUCGCUCCAUCUGCAGUUAAUAUUCGCCAUGCGCUGGCUCGCAACAUCUCAGAGGUUAUCAACGGAGUAAGCUUUUUCGUUGCCAAUGGAAAUUUGCCGGGUUCCUCUCGAGCCAUCAUUGGUCGGCUUCUGAACGGACAAGCUUCUGGCCUCUCCGUGCCGUUGGACACUGUCAAUUUCUUGCGCUUCGCAGCUCAAUUUCGCGCUGUUCAUCGUGGAGCCAUGUUCAAUGAUAUGCGAACUACAUCGGUGCGGCGUCUUCUACCCGAAGCCUGGGGUUUCCUCUGCCCUGUGCAUACUCCUGACGGCGCGCCCUGUGGUCUACUGAAUCACCUUGCCGAGAGUACUGAAGCGGUGUGCGUGACUCCAAGCCACGCUUUGGUAAACAAACUGGCUAUAUGGCUUCUGGAACACAACUUGCGGCCUGUAGAGCUGACGCGUCAACUGACAGCUGCAAAUGAAUAUCGCGACGUUUUUCCUGUUCUCCUUGACGGCCGUCUUGUCGGUUGGUCCCCCUCUGUUCAGUCUGCCAGGCAGCUAGCUGAUGAAUUACGAUUUGCGAAGCUAGAUCCCAACUGUCCACAGGUUCCCACUACCAUGGAGAUUUGUUUGGUGCCACCCACUGAGACAGGAAGCCAAUUCCCGGGUUUGUACCUCUUUGUCGGAGGUUCGCGUCUUUUGCGACCCGUUAAAAGCCUUGUUCGCGUUGGCCCAGAAAAUGUUGAUAAGGCCGAGAUCGAGAUGAUCGGCACUUUUGAACAGCCUUACAUGGAUAUUGCAGUGACACUAGAUGAACUCAUGGAGCGCCCUGUUGCUGAGAGAAGGCACUUUGAGGUGUCCCCAGAAUCUAUUUUCAGCUUUACCGCCAGUCUUACACCAUAUCCAGACUUUAAUCAAUCACCACGUAACAUGUACCAGUGUCAGAUGGCUAAACAGACAAUGGGUCACUCGACGUACACUUGGAGGCAUCGGGCUGACCCCAAGAUCUACCGCUUGCUCACUCCCCAGAGUCCGCUUGUGCGCACCAAAUCAUACAACAAGUACAACGUCGACCACUAUCCUCUUGGAUUUAAUGCUGUUGUGGCCGUAAUGUCCUACACCGGUUAUGAUAUGGAAGACGCAAUGGUUAUUAACAAAAGCUCCUAUGAACGGGGUUUCGCAGACGCCUGCAUCUACAAGUCUGAGGUUAUCGAUUUGGCCGAUUAUUCUAUCAAAGGACAAAGGAAAAAACAGACGGAGCAUUAUUUUGGCGGGCCCGCCGAACUUCCACCAAAUAUUGACAUCGAUGGCUUUCCACCCAUUGGAACGCGCCUCAUACCGGGCAAGAGUAUUCUCUACGUCUACACGCAUUAUGAGACCAUGGAAAUGACUGCCGUUCGUUACAAGGAUGGUGAGCAGAUCGCCUAUGUGGAAGCGAUUUCUCUCAAUGGAAGUUGGAGCAAGGCAUGUAUAACGCUGCGUUUGCCACGGAGGCCAGACAUCGGUGACAAGUACAGUAGCCGUCACGGCCAAAAGGGCAUCAACAGCAUCCUUGUGCCUGCCGAUGACAUGCCAUGGACUGUUGAUAGCGGCAUCGUGCCAGAUCUUAUCUUCAAUCCCCACGGCUUUCCCACACGUAUGACCAUGGGCAUGAUGAUCGAGUUCCUUGCUGGCAAAUCAGCUGCGUUGACAGGCCAACGUGUCGACGCCACUCCAUUUCAGUGGACUGAAGAAAAGCCACCCUUCUCGGAGUAUGCAGAUCAGCUGACCAACGCUGGUUUCAAUUAUUGGGGCACGGAAGCGAUGAUGUCCGGUGUGACAGGGCGCCUCUUAGAAGCGCACAUCUUUAUCGGUGUUGUCUACUACCAGCGGCUACGGCAUAUGGUAGCUGACAAAUAUCAGGUGCGAGCUGAGGGUCGUUUUGAUCCGGUUCUGCGUCAGCCGAUCAAGGGUCGCAAGGUUGGAGGCGGUGUUCGCCUCGGCGAAAUGGAACGCGACUGCCUUCUCUCCCACGGUCUCUCCUUCACUCUCCAAGACCGACUGCUAGGCUCAAACUGUGAUAAAGUUAAGAUGUUGGUCUGUUCGAAUUGUGGUGGGAUGGUUCACGAGGACCUCAUCAGCGACGAGACCAUAACGCGUUCGUCGUCGAGCAUCCAGCAACGGGGCCACAGUCUCGCUCGCAAGGUGCGCUGGCGAUGCCGUCUAUGCAGUCAGACGACGUCCUCCGGUCAGGUUUCUGCGGCCAACAAUAAACUGCUUCUUAUUGAUGUGCCUGCAGCCUUCCGUUACCUGACCUACGAACUCGCGUGUUUGAAUGUUCAAACUAGAAUCGCGGUGAAGGAAUUCACUUGA